CCACUGUCACCACGCACAUGGUGGCGGGCGCCGUGGCAGGGAUCCUGGAGCACUGCGUGAUGUACCCGGUCGACUGCGUCAAGACCCGGAUGCAGAGUCUACAGCCUGACCCAGCUGCCCGCUAUCGAAACGUGUUGGAGGCUCUCUGGAGAAUUAUAAGAACAGAGGGCCUGUGGAGGCCCAUGCGGGGGCUGAAUGUCACAGCAACAGGCGCGGGGCCUGCCCACGCCCUCUAUUUUGCCUGCUACGAAAAGUUAAAAAAGACAUUGAGUGAUGUAAUCCACCCAGGGGGCAAUAGCCAUAUUGCCAAUGGUGCAGCCGGAUGUGUGGCCACGUUACUUCAUGAUGCAGCCAUGAAUCCAGCGGAAGUGGUCAAGCAGAGGAUGCAGAUGUACAACUCACCGUACCACCGGGUGACAGACUGUGUACGGGCAGUGUGGCAAAAUGAAGGGGCCGGGGCCUUUUACCGCAGCUACACGACCCAGCUGACCAUGAAUGUCCCCUUCCAAGCCAUCCACUUCAUGACCUAUGAGUUCCUGCAGGAGCACUUUAACCCCCAGAGACGCUACAACCCCAGCUCCCACGUGCUCUCCGGAGCCUGCGCAGGAGCAGUAGCUGCCGCUGCCACAACCCCACUGGACGUUUGCAAAACACUGCUCAACACCCAGGAGUCCCUGGCUUUGAACUCAAACAUUACAGGACAUAUCACAGGCAUGGCUAGUGCCUUCAGGACGGUUUAUCAAGUAGGCGGGGUGACUGCCUACUUCCGAGGGGUGCAGGCUAGAGUAAUUUACCAGAUCCCCUCCACGGCCAUCGCAUGGUCUGUGUAUGAAUUCUUCAAAUACCUAAUCACAAAGCGACAAGAAGAGUGGAGGGCAGGCAAGUGAAGAAGGGACACUGAGGGGACCAGGGUCCCACAGCCCUGCUGUUCCUGCCCCCUCAGCACCUUUGUCUCCUGGCAUGAUCCAGUUGCUACUGGAGUUGGACGAGAGGAGAGCGCUUUCUCCAGGCUCUAGUUGGCUAACACUAGUUCUUGCCAACGUCUGUUACCACCAUCGUCUUUCCUUCUGGGCCCGCAGUGAGUUCAGCAAAGCCUGCCUCAGUACCUCGAUGACCUACAUCCUGGACCUGGCGGCCUGCUCUAGAUACAGAGGGAUAAGCAGCGCAUUCCCUUGGUUCCCAAUUAAAAAAAGUCUUUAAAUGUUG